UCUCCAGCUCCCACCACCAUCCAUGUCAACCUCAACACCAGGGCACAGUACAUUGAGCUAUUAGAAAACGACACACCCACUUGAGAGGGAGGGAGAGAGAGAAGCUAAUAUCUGUGCAUGAGCUGAAUGAAUGGUUUCAAGCCCUUCAUGUGUGUGUAGCAACUACUUUACAGCGACUAUAGUUCCUGAGAUUGUUGUUUGUGGCUAUCUCUGAUGAGAAAUUACAGGUUUUGGCUAUCUGAUAUGAUGUCAAGCUCGUGGUUGUACAAGCUUAAAGAUAUGGGCAGAGGUGAGAGAAGCCAAAGUACUCGUCACUUCAAGAAGAAAAGCCACGCUUCAGCAAUUCUGCAUCCAAUGCAGCAGCUCAAACAGCAUGACUGUCUCCCCAGCAGAGCCUUCUUCAACAUGCCGACCAAGAGAAGAACAGAGAAGUUCCAUCGCUCGACCAUCAACUCCAAGGCCUCCGACACCCACUUCCCCAUCGAACCACCGAAGAAACCCAAGCCGGAGACCCGAAGGAAGGCUUUCAGACCAUGUGCUAGUGCAGCCACUUCCGUGAGCUGCAGUUGCCGCCACACUUCAACCUCCGCCUGCAAGUCUGAUGACUCUUCCACCACGUUCAAGUCACAGCUGAAGCGGCAGGAGACAGCAGCGAGGAGACCAGCCUCAGGAAGUCAUGGCAUCAAACAGAGGGCGGCGGCGACGCCGUCUGAGAACCUGGUGGUGGUCAAGUCGUCAUCGGACCCGAUGAGGGACUUCAUGGAGUCGAUGGUGGAGAUGAUCGUGGAGAACAACAUCUACGACGCCAAGGAUUUGGGUGAGCUGCUUGCCUGCUACUUGUCGCUCAACUCCAGAGAGUACCAUGAGGUUAUCAUCAAGGUGUUCGACCAUAUUUGCUUUGUUCUUAGUACCAUGUGAACUCGUACUACUUUUUUGAGUUGAAAUCA